AUGAUGCGCCCCGGCUUGGAUAAACCGGGCGCGCUGCCACUCCUAGUGUUGGCGGUCCUGUCGCUGCUGACUCUCGCCCCCUCCCUGGCGAGCUUUUACAAUAUCAAAUUGACGGAUUGGACAUAUCAUAUCUCUGGAGCUCCUCAGGUUCCCCUGAUUCAGGAGGGAGCCGACUUCCCACCAGCAGGACUCCCCAUCGAGCCACAAAAGUCAUGGAUUAUGAGCGCACAGUACCGGACGCGAGGAAACCGGGCGCCGCGAUCCUCGCGAGCUGGGUCUGGCGUCCCGACGAUACCCAGCGAGAUCGCCCCUGUCGAGAAUAAAAGUCGGCUGUUCCACGCCGCUACGGAAUCGACCAUGUUCGGCCGACGAGCCCGCGCUUUUCGUACCUACUUCGCUCGACAUUUUGACGAUUACCAAUUUCUUACCCCUUUUUCUAACCGGAGUCUCCUCACAACCCCAACGAACCUCCCUCCGACCAUCACGCCUUCCAGCGCCUCCCCUUUCCCGACAUCAAUUGACGGCAAACACAUCCCAGAUAUUCCUCCUCAGAACUAUCCACCAACUUCGUCCUCACCGCCUAAGGAAGAUUUGGGACUGCAGCUCCCGUUCCUGUGCAACAUGUGGCAGCAGGCCUGCCGGCAGACAAUCGACCUUUGGGACCUUGCACUAGGCUCUCCAUUCAUGGCCCGAGUAACACCGCUAGUCAGCUGGGGUUCAAGCUACCUAGAAUCCGUACUCUGUGUUCAGAAUACAACACUCGAACAAUCCAGUCCUCUGAAAGCUAUCUCGAAAGACAAUUCACACGCUGCGGACAGCAACCUCGAUACCCUCCCCUGCGCCCAACAGUCAAAUACAGCUCCAAGUGAUGAUGCCACAGAUGCGGCCAGUCGGCAUGCAGUCGAACUCCGCGGCAGCUGCAUGGCUGUGGUCAUUGGCCUGGUCGCCGGAAUUAUGUGGUUCUAG